UCAACUGCACAGCCGGUCACACUUAAGUUGCGGGCAAGUGGUUUUUUCGUGAUAAAAAUUAGGGAAACUACUUCGGCAUUGAUAAGCGAUCUGAUAAUUGCCAGCAGAGCACUCCACGGGCAGGCGGAGCAGCACCAGGCCUAGCUGGAUAUAGAAUAUAGACGCGUAAUGCCCCGCCGAUCGACUGGCAGAGAACUAGUGCCGUGCAGUAACCUUCUGACGUUCGCUUUGCAGUCGUGGUGUUUUGUUAUUGGGGCGGAAAAACGACAAACGAGAUUAUAAAUAGGCACAAAAUGUGUGUCGGGAGGAUGCAAGUGCAGGUGACGCAGAACCAGUGCGCCUGAGUGUUCUCCAGAGACCACCCAUCUAGUACUACAAGUACCACCAACCGUAAAACCCGGGUGAAUUUAACAAUUUAGGUCGACAUUUCGCGCAAGGUUGGCUGUUUCAAUUAAGCUGCAUUCGCUGAUUUAAAAGCUAAAUCAAGCGAACCACGGGCCCAAAGCGGAGUCAACAAAGAAGCGGCCAAGAGAAACGUCGAAAUACAUAGUUUCAACAGCACACGUUCAAAGUGAAGGUCAACGUCACAACGACUCGAGCGGCAAGUCUGGCGGCCGAAACCGAAAGACAAAGUGAUCCACCAAAAUCAUCGGUAGUCUCCAGAUAGCCAGCACCAUGUCCACCGCCUCCGCCUCACCCGCAUCCCUUGCUUCUGGCCACCGGCAGAUUCUCUCCAUUCUGGUGGCCCUGGUCAUCCUGGUGGCCUGUGUCCUAAGCACGGAAACCACCAUGCCCACACAGAACAUGUCCCACAAGGAGCGGGCUGAACUCAGGGAAGAGGCCCGUGAUAUGUUCUACCAUGCAUAUCACGCCUACAUGGAGAAUGCCUAUCCGGCUGAUGAGCUGAUGCCGCUCUCCUGUAAGGGACGCUAUCGCGGAGUGACGCCAUCGCGUGGCGACAUGGACGAUAUCCUCGGAAACUUCUCCAUGACUCUGGUGGACACAUUGGACACCCUAGUGCUGCUGGGAGAUUUCACCGAGUUUGAGCACGCGGUUAAGCUGGUUAUCCGCGACGUUCAGUUUGACAGCGACAUUAUCGUGUCCGUGUUCGAAACGAACAUUCGAAUGGUUGGCGGCUUGCUGUCGGCCCACAUCCUUGCGGAGUAUCUGCAAAAGCAUGCGGACACGAUGCACUGGUAUAAGGGCGAGCUACUGGAAAUGUCACGCGAACUGGGCUAUCGAUUACUGCCUGCGUUCAACACGUCUACGGGCAUACCGCAUGCACGGGUCAAUCUCCGUCUGGGCAUGAAGGAUCCACAGUUAAAGAAAUCACGAGAGACUUGUACGGCAUGCGCAGGAACCAUACUGCUAGAGUUCGCAGCUCUGUCGCGGCUCACCGGUGAUCCUAUCUUUGAGGUGCGAGCCCACGCUGCCAUGGACGCACUGUGGAAGCUACGGCAUCGGGGUUCUGACCUAAUGGGCACAGUACUUAAUGUCCAUUCUGGCGACUGGGUGCGUAGGGACUCCGGCGUCGGAGCGGGCAUUGAUAGCUACUACGAGUACUUGUUCAAGUCUUACGUCUUACUGGGCGACGACAAGUACCUAGCCCGCUUCAACCGUCACUACAACGCCGUGAUGAAAUACGUCAGCGAAGGCCCCAUGCUGCUGGACGUGCUAAUGCACAGGCCCCACGCCAAAUCAAAGAACUUCAUGGACUCGCUGCUGGCAUUCUGGCCGGGUCUUCAAGUGCUUUCCGGUGACCUGAAACCGGCAGUGCAGACACACGAAAUGCUUUACCAGGUUAUGCAGAUGCACACCUUCAUUCCAGAGGCUUUUACCGUAGACUUCCAAAUACAUUGGGGUCAGCACCCCCUGCGGCCGGAAUUCAUCGAGUCCACAUACUUCCUGUACCGCGCCACUGGUGAUCAUCACUAUCUGCAGGUGGGCAAGCGGGCUCUGAAAACACUCCAGCAGUACGCCAAGGUAUCUUGUGGCUAUGCAGCCGUCAAUGAUGUACGGACUGGCAAGCACGAGGAUCGGAUGGACUCGUUCGUGCUCUCCGAGACAAUCAAGUACCUCUUCUUGUUGUUCUCCGAUCCCCAGGAUCUAAUCAUCAACGUCGAUGAGUUUGUCUUCACGACCGAAGCUCACCUGCUGCCCCUGUCUAUUGCCCAACUAGGGAACUCCACGUUUAGCUUUCGGCAGUCCGACGAACACAACGUACUCGACUUCAUGCGCACCUGCCCAAGUUCAAAUAAGCUUUUUCCUGAAAAAGUACGCAAACCGCUGCGCAACUUCAUUACGGGCUCCUGCCCGCGCACCACAGCCGGAAAGCGACUCAGCGCCCUGGAUUUUCAGGCAAGCAAUGCAGAUCAUCUGCGAGCUGUUUACGACAUGGGCAUUACCAUGGUUUCGGUAGGCGACCGAAGCCAAGGCAAGGUGCGACUUUUCCAUAGUUUUUAUAAUGCCAAAAGCCACGAGGAGGGCGAAAUGGGACUGCAGUUCAUGCAGGAGAUGUUAGAGCUGACCAAGAUGCAGAGCAUAAAUCAGCUGGCGCAAUUGCAAGCCGUGGCCUACGCCACUGAUGAGAAGGCUCAGGACUGGAUCGCCCUAAUGGCCGGGCCUUCGCACUUUAGCCCGGAGCUAAUCGGCGACCAGUUCGUUCAGGGAGAUUUGGUGCUGGCCAAACCGCGUCGCGCCUGCGAAGAGCUGCUGGAGAAUGCCGAGGAGGCGAAGGGCAAGGUGCUAGUUGCCGAGCGCGGUGACUGCACGUUCGUGAAUAAAGCACGGUUGGCCCAAAAGGUGGGGGCAGCGGCGCUGAUUGUCUGUGAUAAUGUACCGGGCUCUUCCGGCGAGACGCAGCCGAUGUUCGCCAUGUCCGGCGACGGCAAGGACGACGUGCUCAUUCCGGUCGUCUUCAUGUACAGCGUGGAGUUCGGCAAACUGUCAGCCGUGAUGCAGCGACGGAAGCAACCGCUGCGCGUCCGCGUUAUGCAGAUGGUGGAGUUUAAACGAUGGCAAUUGGCCAAGGCUCAGCGGCAAAAUCAAACCGCGACGGUAACACAGAAGCCGGAAAAAGAGUUGUAGUGGACUGCUGCUGUUGGACCGCCCUCAGCGUUAACUAUUGUUUUAGGGCUACUUACCGUCUUGAAAUGUUAUCGCCAAAAUAGAGAUAUAUUUUCUAUAUUCGUAAAUUGUACAGUAAGCGAUCGCAACUAAAUUUGAAAUUCUUGUACUUUACUAGACAUGUAAGCACGAAUUAAGGCCGCGAGUUUUUGAACUCUUCAGUAUAGGGAUAUUUGCAUUUCGUGGUUGGUUCUCAGGUUAGCGAUGGCUUCCUAGUGGCAAUAUGAUAACCGAAUAGCAUCUGAUAUCCGCAUUCGCGUUCAUUCUAAUUGUAUAUUUGGUCCACCUCACAAUUUUUUAGACGGAUUUUACUCUUUCGUGUAAGUAAAACUUGUGUACAUAAAACAUUAGAUCAUAGCAGCAAUAAAACACUAAUUAAUAAUUAAUUUUAAGAAAAAUUAGUUAAUAAUGUAGCGAGUCAGGAGAUUGAUCGACAAACGUGUAGUUAAAAUUGUUUAGUUCUUAUACAAAAAUAAACAGUCUAAAAUAUAUGAAAAAUAAUGAAAAGCACGAAA